GCGUGGUGGUCUGCUGAAACUGAAAUUCGUUUCAGUUGCGCGCUGAACCUCUUACACUUUGCACGAUUGCUGAAAACUGAAAAAUCGCUUCGGGCGCGAGCAGUGGUGAAAAAAUGAAAAGAAAUUUUUAGUUCCAGGUUUAACACCGCCAUGGCCGACUAUUCCUGGAACACAUCCUACGUGUUCGCCAACGACACAUCAAGUGGCUGGGGCGAGCGUUACUUCUUCACUUAUUUUUCCGAAUUCGACGGCCGACCACUCAACUACGUCGCCAUCGAAGCCGCCAUUUUUCUCUCCAUCUUUGUCAUUUCUGUCAUUGCUAACACCUCCAUCAUCAUCUGCGUCAUAAGAUUCCCAGAUAUGAGGACGGUGACGAAUUGCUUUGUCCUGAAUUUGGCGGCGGCCGAUUUGCUCUUCGCCGCCACCAUCCCCGCCGUCGCWUACACCAGAAUCGUAUCAUCUUGGAAACUGGGCGAUUUCGCUUGCAAAUUCGUCCCUUACAUGGAGUUUGUCUCGGGGAUUGUGCUCCUGUGGACCCUCGCCCUCAUCAGCAUCGACCGCCACCGCUGCAUUGUGGUCCCCCCUUACCGCUCCAAAAUCACCCCCUCCCAAGCCUCCAUCUCCUCCCUCGCCAUCUGGAUCUCCACCGCCAUCGUCUUCAUUCCCGUCCCAUUAUGGUUCCGCGAGAUCCCCAUCGACGACCAUAGCAAAAUCUGCACUUUGGUCUUCCCCAAAUCCUCCAACAUCCAUUUCUCGGCCUGCUURGUCAUGCCAGUGGUAGUCUUCGCUUGUCUCCUCCCCAUGGUAAUCCUCGUCUACCACUACCAACGCAUCUUCCACAAAAUCAUCUCCACGAAGAACACAUGGGCGAGUUCCUGCGUCAUGGUCAGCGCGAUGGAGGUCAAGGACUGUCGUCAAGGUCGCCGCCAAUCAGAACUGAGCAUGUCUGACAUUUUCGUACCAUGGCCCCGCCGAUUCUCCACCCAAAUGGUCUCGCCCAAUGGGCGUCAAGGUUCCUUGAGUCAACACGAGGAAAUUAGACUCAAUAAACACAUCAAGGUGGUGCGAGUACUCUUCUUGAAUGUGGUGGUAGUACUGGUGAUGUGGCUCCCGAUCACGUUAGCCAUGCUUUUGAUAUAUAUAGAUGGUAGUCGACCAAAUGAAGAUCGGGGGUUUUUCCUACGAUCGCACCAUUUCAUAGCUGCUUUGAUUAUAGCGUUUUUGAAUACUUUGGUCAAUCCAGUGGUCUAUGGAGUACUUUCGGAUAAUUUUCGCGCGUGUUUGGUGCGCAUGUGGUGUCGAAAUCACGAAGAUGAAAAAGAACAGACAUCUAGUGGGCGGGUUAAUGCCARCAAAACGACACGAAAGCAAAGUUUCAUCAAUUCAGUUAGUGAGAAUUGAAGUGGGACUGUUUCUAGUAGGCUGUGACUGAGGAAUGGCUGUGCUUGGAUAGGUAGUAGGCGUUGUUAUUCCUAUCUUAACUAUUAAAAAGACAUUUAUUGUGAAUUUAGUCAAUUAGUGUUUUUUCCAGAGAAUUAUGUCAAUAUUUAUGUAAAUAAAACAAAUAUUUCUCGUUUUAUAUCAAAUAAUAAAAAAUAUGAUAGGA